AUGGCAAUGGAGGUUGUGUACGAAGACGUCGGCGAAGAGAACACUCAGUGCCCUAAUCAUCCCUACAAAAAUAGCAGCCCAGGUGGGAUCUGCGCCUUUUGCCUCCAAGAAAAGCUCGGCAAGCUCGUUUCCUCUUCACCCCCUUUUCCCCCGUCCCCCAAUCCUCCCAGAUCCGCCGCCGAGAACGGCGGCGCCUCCGCCCCCCGCCUCCCUUCCUCUGCCUCCGCCGCCCAAAACAGGGCCGCCGAAUUCGAAAACAGCGGGCCCUGCUCGAGGAAACCGCGGUUGCCCUUUGUGCUGACGGCCCACAAGAAAAAUAGCAUCAAAGAUUCAGAUUCAGCGCCAAUCGUCUUCAAUAGAAGCAAAUCCACGGCGACCCCAAGAAGAAAAGUGGACGGAAAAUUGCUCCGGCGAGGGUUACAGCCCAAGCGGCAGAAGGGGUUUUUGUUCAAAGAUUCCAACUUUAUCGACAUAGACGAACGGAAAGAGGAUGAAUUCGUGGCCGUCGAUCAAAUUCAUCAAGAGAGUCCUAGUAAUUUCUCGAGGUCGAGAUCGGUCGGGUGUGAGAGUAGGAGUUUCUCGGGCUUUGGUGAUUGUACUCUCAGAAGGGUUGAGUCCCAAAGGGAAGGAGGCUGUGAAAACAAGCUUAAGGUACAACCAUCUCGAAAUGUAGGAAAUAAUGGUGAUGAUUGUGGUGGACGAGAUUGUAUUAAGGAGAGAGUUAAAUGUGGUGGUAUAUUUGGUGGUUUCAUGUUAGCUAGUUCAGUUGAGGAGAGUAAUGUGAAUCAUGGUAUUAUGAGGAGUAAAAGUUGGGUGUGGGCAUUUGCGAGUCCAAUUCGAACUUUUGGGAAGCAUACUAAUGGUAAAAAGGAUGCUAAUAAGAAUAGUUAUGUUAAUGGCAGUAAUUCAUUGAAUAAGAAUCGCGGGACGACCCCUAAUUUAGCUCCUAUACCUUCUCUGCUGGCUGUGGGGGGACUCCUCCGUGACAUAAUCCAGUGGCAGCGAGCGGUCCUGGAGACCGGCGUCCCUGAGCUGCGGCAAUUCUAUUGUUGCCGAUUGUGUUUUCCGAUUAUCCCAAUCGUCCUUGACACUGCCGACGAGUACAUCCUGAAGGACCUGAACGGCGCUUGUGGAUCGUUGAAGCCGUCGCAGAAACCGCCGGGCUGUACGCCGUUCGAAACCCAAUCUUGGCGAUCGUCGAGAUUUGCCGGAGGGAUUGGAUUGUCCAACAGUCUAUCCGUACCUGUACCGAAGAGACCUUGGGAAGGCAUCUCUAUCUCUUUAGUGGCAGCGGCGGUCGUCUACAGUGUUGGCAGCCAUUGUCGGGAAGGGGACGGCGAAUAUGGCGGCGAGAAGGCAUGUGUCUGGAAAGUUUUUCGGUCGGGCCUGAAACCGGUAGACGGGCCGUUUGGCCAUGUCUAA